AACGCCUUCGGUCUUUGCAUUUUCUGUCUCCUCGGUCUUCAGCAAGCCAAGAUGGUAGAUGCGACUAAACCCAAGAGAACGAGGACCAACGUUAAGCAGUCCAAGUUUGGCUGUUUCACGUGCAAGGCCCGGCGAAUCAAGUGCGAUGAAGGCAAGCCGGCUUGUCAACGGUGCUUAAUUUCGAAGCGAGAAUGCCAAGGGUAUCCCCGAGGUGCAUAUCCAGACUCGGAUAACACUGCAUCGACGACUUUAUCGCUUGUAUCCGCCUCUUCUUCGCCCUCAGACUCCUCCUCGUCGCAAUCACCCUCAGCAACAAUCAUCUCGACCUUGAGAUCCCUCGCCUUUAACCCCUAUACCCUCUCGAGUCCGUUCGUCGACCUCGGCUGUAAAGUCUUGGUCCAAAGUCCCCGUCGUGCAAGGAACAACGUUGAGCAAACAUUCUGGUCCUGUACCGUCCCCCAACUAGCCCAAUCUAUCCCCUCAGUACGCGCCGCCAUUGAGGCAUUCGGCACAUCCUACAGCGAAUAUGUCCUCAGAGGCACAUCUCCACGGCCAGGCUUUGAAACCACAAAGCGUUACUCACAGGCCCUGAGGUUAGUGCAGCAAGACCUUGUCACCUUGCCGAAUGGUCCCAUUCCAUGUGUCGUUGCCUGUCUGUUCCUUGGGUUUGUGGAGGCUUUGCAGCAGAGACUCAACAAGGCCCUUGUGCAUCUCCAGGGUACUUUCUCCCUCAUGAUGUCACUGACUGAUAAACAACUUCUUGCAGAGGUUGAUACCGAUAGUCUUGUGUUACUCUUGAAGAAGCUUGACCUCCAUGUCGCUACAUACGCCGUAUCCCAUCCCCCAAAUCUUCCCAUGAAACCAUUUGUCAUGGGUGAGGUACUACAGUCCUAUCCACCAGAUGGGUCACUGUUCAAGAUUCUACACUCAAGCUACCAUUUCACCGCCAAAGCCUUCCGGUACAAGUACACCAGUCGCCGCACGAUUCCACCCGAACUUCUUAUAGAACAGGGCCGACAGCUUGCCAAUUUGAAGCAGUGGCUGUCACUCAACGAGAUCCCAGCUACUUCUAAUACCGGAUCACACGAAUCGCUCAUCGUUCUACGAUCUCAAUGUCUCGCUGCUCUGGUCAACACCGCCACUAUUCUCGAGCCACGUGAGACAGUCUACGAUUGUUACGGCCCGGAAUUUGAAGAAAUCAUCACAUCAAUUGGGGCAUUGUUAUUGAGCAAAAGCCUCCAAGGUGCGCCAAGACGCAAGAACUCGGACUGGCUACCGUCUUUCGUGCCUGAAAUGGGCAUAAUUCACCCAUUGUAUUUCACAGCAAAGAAAUACAGAAGCCCGUUCUGGCGUCGAAAGGCAUUGAGCCUCAUACUGAAAAGUGGAAAGGAAGGUCCAUGGUGCGCUGAGACGGAAGGGUCCUUGAUAGCAGCCCUCAUCAACGCUGAAGAAGGGACUUUCGACAAGGAAUCGCUUCGUUUGGGACAUACACUGGAUCAAAGUCCCGCUUGCAUACCAGAGGAGAAAAGAUUCAGCCACGUCUGGGCAAGUGAUCCUGAAAGCGAAAAUGGGGAGUGCACGUAUAAUACGAGAAAGAGAUAUACGAGAACCAUGAUUUAUAGAUGUCGGGAUGUAGAAGCGUUUAUGCGAGAUAGAAAAGGGCAGAUUCCAAGGGGCAUUCCUUGGGUGGACCCUGAGCUUUGUGAGAUUGAUCAUGAGUGGUGGAUUGGACGGGAGGAGCCGUUGGAGAUAAUCUUUUCGGUUGGGGAAGUGGCAGCAUGAUCGCGGGAAUUCUAGGAGGAUUUCAUCAAUAUUCAUGGGAAUGUUAGCGAGGCAGGGUUAUAGAAUAACGGCUGAAUGUUGGGAUUUAUUGUCGAGAUCGAACGCAUGGUCAACAGCAGCUGAACAGUAGAUGGCUAUACCUCUAAGAUAACAUUUUUCCGUGCAAGCCCAACGCCGACCAAGAAAUCCC